UGCUUCAACCUGACUCCAGUUGGUGGAAGACGAAAAGGAGCAGGAAGGGGCCGGGUCCCCGUCCCUCGCGCCCCGGAUGGAUGUGCCCGGCCCGGUGUCCCGGCGGGCGGCGGCGGCGGCCGCAACCGUGCUCCUGCGCACGGCUCGGGUCCCGCGCGAAUGCUGGUUCUUGCCCACCGCGCUGAUCUGCGCCUACGGCUUCUUCGCCAGCCUCAGGCCGUCUGAGCCCUUCCUGACCCCCUACCUGCUGGGGCCCGACAAAAACCUGACGGAGAGGGAGGUCUUCAAUGAAAUAUACCCAGUAUGGACUUACUCUUACCUGGUGCUGCUAUUUCCUGUGUUCCUUGCCACAGACUACCUCCGUUACAAACCUGUUGUUCUGCUGCAGGGACUCAGCCUUAUUGUGACAUGGUUCAUGCUGCUCUAUGCCCAGGGACUGCUGGCCAUUCAGUUCUUGGAAUUCUUCUAUGGCAUUGCCACCGCCACCGAAAUUGCCUAUUAUUCCUAUAUCUAUAGUGUGGUGGACCUGAGCAUGUACCAGAAAGUCACCAGUUACUGCCGAAGUGCCACCUUGGUGGGCUUCACAGUAGGCUCUGUACUAGGACAAAUCCUCGUCUCAGUGGCAGACUGGUCCCUGUUCAGCCUGAAUGUCAUCUCUCUUACCUGUGUUUCUGUGGCUUUCGCUGUGGCCUGGUUUCUGCCUAUGCCACAGAAGAGCCUUUUCUUUCACCACGUUCCUGCCUCCCAGGGAAUGAAUGGCAUCAAGGUACAAAAUGGUGGCAUUUCUACUAACACCUCAGCUUCUAACCACCUUCCCCAGUGGGAGGACGUUGAAUCAAAAAUCCCUCUAAAUACAGAAGAGCCUCCCAUGGAGGAACAGGGAUCCAAGCCAGACCGGCUCCUUGUGCUGAGGGUCCUGUGGAAUGAUUUCCUGAUAUGCUAUUCCUCUCGCCCUCUGCUCUGCUGGUCUGUGUGGUGGGCCCUCUCUACCUGCGGCUAUUUUCAAGUCGUGAACUAUGCACAGGGCCUGUGGGAGCAGGUGAUGCCUUCUCGCCAUGCUUCUAUCUACAAUGGUGGUGUGGAGGCCGUUUCAACCUUACUAGGUGCUGUUGCUGUAUUUGCAGUUGGUUACAUAAAAAUAUCCUGGUCUACUUGGGGAGAAUUGACACUGUCUGUGUUUUCUCUCCUGAUUGCUGCUGCAGUGUACAUCAUGGACACUGUGGGUAACAUUUGGGUGUGCUACGCAUCCUACGUUGUCUUCAGAAUCAUCUACAUGUUACUCAUCACUAUAGCAACUUUUCAGAUUGCUGCAAGCCUCAGCAUGGAGCGCUACGCCCUAGUGUUUGGUGUAAAUACCUUCAUUGCUCUGGCCCUACAGACUCUACUCACUGUAAUUGUGGUGGAUGCCAGUGGCCUGGGCUUGGAAAUUACCACUCAGUUCUUCAUCUACGCUGGUUAUUUUGCACUCAUUGCUGUGGUUUUCCUGGCUAAUGGUGCAGUCAGUAUUAUGAAGAAAUAUAGAAAGCAGGAAGAUCCAGAAUCACGUUCUCAAGUGACCACUUCAUAAUGCACUGCUGAUGAAUUUCCUUUCACAAGAACUCUGCACAGCAACUGUGCCUGGAUAUAUUUAAUUUUUUAAAGUGUAGACAUAUAUUUAUGAGUGUGCAUUUCAUGGCUUCAAAGGAGCCAAGUGACUAUACCUGUCUUCCAAGAGUAACAGAAUACUGUCAGAGGUGAAGUUUACUUAAUGAAUUAUUUAUGAGAGCCAAUUUAAGGAUGACUUUUUUUCUGAUUCAGAAGAGAACUUGCUUUUGAAAACCAAGUAAUAGGAGCCACCAAGCAGUACAUGGUGAUGUAUUCUUGCUAGCAAGUGAGUUUGGUGUUUCGUAGGUCAAGUGCUUCUGUAUCUGAUUAGCCAGAUGCUUCACCUGAUGGAACCAGGGGCUAUAAGGUAUUAUAGGUCAGAAUAGAAACAUGUGGUAACAGCACCUGCCUUUGUUCAAUUUAAUCCUUGUUUCACUGUUACUCAUGGGCAUUUGUGUUUCUACAGAAGAAAGUUGUUCCUGUCACUGGCAGUAUUUGCUCUGGUUUGGUGUCCUAUCCUAUAAGGAGUAUGUGUCAUUCCUAAUUUUAAGUUAUUUUUAAAAAUUCAUUGUGUAAAUGUUUUCAAUUCCCAUCUUGACAGUUAUGUUCUUGUGUAGAUUUUUC